GCAUGGGUUCCUCCCCACAGCCAGGCACACACACUCAAAGUUCGCUCUUAGCUGGGGGCGUAGGCGUGGGGUCUGAGACCCUGGGUUAAGAUCUUCUCUUGUCUAGCUUUGAUAGCACUGCUGCUAAGACUCUGACAGGCAUGGGACACAGGAGCCACUUUGGGUUUUUUUGUUCCACUUCCCGAAGCAGAUGCAAGAAGACCUCCCAAGCAGCAUGUAUUGGCAAGAGCCGUGGAGCUCCAGGGUGGACAGCCCUGGAUUCAGAUCCAGCUCCACGCCCCUGCCGAGGCCCCUAGACCAGCCGUGUAGCUUCUUGGAGCCUCUGAUACCUCAUCUUAAUAGAUGCAGCUGGACUUGCAGGAACAUCCGAGUGCCGGCCACACGCAGUGCCCUGCGUGUGCUAGUGCUUUCCUUCUGUGCUCGGUUGACCCAGCUGGCUUGGGGGGAGGGCAAGGGCGGAGACAGGAGGACACAGGGCACAGGACAGGUGCACCUGGAGGCUAAAGCUGCCGUGUGUUGAAGUAAAGGGAAGCCACCCCUAUGACGGUUCUGCCUGUUCUUGGAACAGGAGAGACUGUGGGAAGUGAAAUGGUCUGAGCACCCUGAGCACCCCUGAGCUGAGGGGUGUCAGGCGGGCGCCCCCCUCGCCGCCCAUGUAGCCACCCGUGGCAUCAGCCGGGGUGAAGGUGGCCGACAGUCGGUUCAAGUUGUCUGCGCCUCACUUUCUUCAUGUGCAGAAUAGCCCUGAGGAUCUCCAGGGUGCUCUGCAGCCAUGCAGGCCCUUGUCUCUCACCAAACCGAAGCUCCACAUGUGAUGUGCAUUUUCCAGGGACUGCAUUCUAGACACACCUUGGGGCCAGUAUCCCUUGGUCAGCCUUCCCCUGCUUCGUGUCCGUCGUUGGGUCUCUUCCUUGGGGUUGCUGGGCCUGGCCCUCACACGGGCCCAGCUCGUGUCUUACACUGAGAUGGAGGAAGAGGUCAGAGAUCCAAGGGGAGAGGUGUUCUGGUGCAGGCUGGUUGGGGAGGAAGAUGGGUGCUGCUCUGCCUCUGAAGAGUUAGGACUCGGGACCAUCUCCCUGAAGAGGGGUAGGGGUUGGAGUGGGGACCCGGGCCUCCUCUCAUUUCCUGCUUUCUCCCCUGCAGGUGUCGGCAAGAGCAGUUUACUGUUACGUUUUGCAGACAACACUUUCUCAGGCAGUUACAUCACCACGAUCGGAGUGGAUUUUAAGAUUCGGACUGUGGAGAUCAACGGGGAGAAAGUGAAGCUGCAGAUCUGGGACACGGCCGGGCAGGAGCGCUUCCGCACCAUCACCUCCACAUAUUAUCGGGGGACCCACGGGGUCAUCGUGGUCUAUGACGUCACCAGCGCCGAAUCCUUUGUCAACGUCAAGCGGUGGCUUCAUGAAAUCAACCAGAACUGUGAUGACGUGUGCCGGAUACUAGUGGGGAAUAAGAAUGACGACCCUGAGCGGAAGGUGGUGGAGACAGAAGACGCCUACAAAUUCGCCGGGCAGAUGGGGAUCCAGUUGUUUGAGACCAGCGCCAAGGAGAAUGUCAACGUGGAAGAGAUGUUCAACUGCAUCACAGAGCUGGUCCUCCGAGCAAAGAAAGACAACUUAGCGAAACAGCAACAGCAACAACAGAACGAUGUGGUGAAGCUCACGAAGAACAGUAAACGAAAGAAACGCUGCUGCUAAUGCCCCCAGCCCACUGCAGAGACUGCACUGCGGCCACUCCCCCUGCCCCAGGCCAGGGGGCUCCUCUCCUGGGGGACACUGUUUCGUGCCGUUAUUUAAAGAAUUCUCUCCACGUUUUUGUACCGGGAGGCGCCAUCGGCACUUCCUCCCCUCCCCCAUCGAGUGCCAAGAAGGUGUUGGACAGCCUGCCCUUCCCUUCUGGCGCCCCUGCCCCCCGGCCAAGGCGCCUGGGCCCGGCGAGGACGCUGCCAGCCAAGCGGACUGAUUAACCGGAGUUUGUACAUAAUGUAUAUUGCUUUAACCAGCGCAUCACCCUUGUCCUGCUCUGGCUCUUGCCUCCCUAAUGCCAGCCUGCUGCGACACCCCCUCCCCACCCAACCCCAAGUUACUGCCAGCAGCUUCCUGAGGGGACAGGAUUACAUGCUAGACAUACCUUUUGCCAACCUGGGCUGGUGAAGUGGGCUCCACGUGACUCGUUCUCUCCUGCAGGCUGUCGGUGUCUGUCCCUGGCAUGUAGGGGCUCACCCCUGUUCAGGGCCUCUGCCGGCCCAGCUCCCUCCCCUCUCCAUCCCAUCCUGUAACCAUUCUGGCAGCUGAGGAAACCUGGCCUUGAAGUGGGCCUGGGGUUCCCAUCAGAGGCCUGGCCCUUCAUUUCCACAGAAGGAGUCACUCCUGCCCUUUGGCCAACGGAUUUCUUGUCCUGCCUUCCAGAUGCCUCUGAGCUACAAACCCAAGGGAGCCGUGGCUUCUAAUUUAUAUACCAACCUGUUUUGGUUCCAACAGAAAGGUAGGGGUGUGUUUGUGCAGGGAUGGGCUUGCAGGGGGACUAAGGAGCAUCAUUUUAACAGAUAAAGAAAAAUGAAGCCAAAUCAAAUGAAUUAAGUUCCUCAUACUCUUUUUCUCUUACUGAGGUUUGGUUGGCACAGCAGCAAAAGUUGUGGCCGCCCCACUUUGGGUCCAGUGUUUUUAGAAAAACUGAAUGGCUUCCUGUCAUCGUGGAGCCGGGCUCUUGGCCGAGCGGCUCUGCCUUCCCGGUGGUUUGCUGGUGGGAAAGGAGGGGCCUUCCACCCCGGUCUCUGUCGGCCCAGGGCCUCCCGCUGAGUCUUGGGUCUCCGAUGCAGCCCCAGGCACCUUUGAGUGUGGGGAGUGGGUGCCAGGGGCCGCUGGGCUGUGGGGACAAUGUCUCUGAGCUGCACGCAGGCAGCCUUGGAUCACUGACAGGACUGUUUUAGUACAAAGGUAGCAUGAGGAUUUCUUAGUGAAUGGGAAGGAAUGGCCGCUGGGGCUGGGAGCCAGCUCUGACCCACCGUGGUGCCCUGGAGGAGAAACCAGGGUCGUCUGCACUUGAUGACUGUCACCGCCACCCCCUCGAGACGCUUCAUUCACCUUUCCUCUAAAAGGAUCACGUAACCUGGGAAUAAUUUAUUUCAACACCAUGAUGUGUUUUACGAGAUUUCCUUUCCUAGGUGAUUUCCAGGCCAAGCCCUGAUUGGACAAUCACAUCACAGAUCUCACUGCACAUUUUCCAUGUCACUGUUGAUGGGUUUUCAAUCAGUAAAAAACUGGGGGUUUCUUGUGUCCUGUCUCGCCACUUCCCCAAACUGCCAAAAGCCCAUAGUUCUGUGUGACAGGCCUUGAGGUGGGAGCGCUGGGCCUGGGAAGGCGGUGCUGUGGGGGUGACAGCAGGUAGCCCUGUCUGGUUGGGGUGCUGAGAGCCACAGCAUGGUCUCCAUCCUCAGGACCGUCCUGGUGACCACAGGUCCCGUGGAGGGUGUGGAGAGCUCAGGCCUCCUGGGUGGGCCACAGCUCGGCUCUGAGGUGACACUGGUGUGGCAGUGCUUGCAAAUUCAAGCGGCAAGAGGAGGGGGUCCUGGAAGUUUCCAGCCCAGGCUAGACGCCACCGUGGCUUCUGGCAACUGGACAUCCAGACCCAGGUGGUGGGGUGAUUUGGUGAUGACAGUGUGCCUGUCCCGCUGAGUGUCACACACGUGAAUGGGGGGUGGGGGAGGGGGAAUUCAGGGCUGGACCGGCAUCCUGGUGGACCUGAUGUGAAAUUCCUGUUGAACAACAAAACUUUUAAAUGGUUUGCUAGGAUUAUUUCUGUAUUGAAAGUUUCUAAUUAUGCUUUUUAAAAAAAUACUAAAAAUAAAGGUUCAAGCUGCCA